AGUAAUUCAGCCAGGUGACAGCUGAGCUAGCAGGGAUUCUACACGGCUGUGUUCUACGCACCAUAACAGACAACACAACGACAUCUUUCAGCGCUCAAUAAAAGUGAAGUACACACAGAUAGUUGCUAAAUUGUUGCGGUAGCUUUCUGUUUUUAGAUGCACGCACUUCGAAAGCCUCUUCCGUCAGUUGUAGCUUGCUAGCAGCGCGAGGGGAUCAUUAACGUUAGAGUGUGACGUUGUUGUCAUCAGGACUCAACGGUUAUUGCAUUUCUGGUCCAGGUAACGUUACUCACUCACUGUCAACAUGUCAGACCCGGCCGGGGAGGCGAAGUUGGAGGUGAAACAGGCGAGUAAAGAGGUGAAAGAGAGCGAAAAUGUUGCGGAAAAAUACUCAGCAAUGACCGUAAGCAAGAACAGCGAAAUGAACAUGGGAGAGCUGUCGUCUGCCUUCAGUGCUGUGCCCACUCACAAGCCAGUGAAAAAGCAAAUCCAGUUUGUGGAGGAUAAGCAGGAGUUCAGCAGGUUCCCUACCAAGACAGGCCGUCGCUCCUUGUCCCGCUCCAUCUCUCAGUCGUCCACAGACAGCUACAGCUCAGCUGCAUCCUAUACAGAUAGCUCUGAUGAUGAGACCUCACCCCGCGACAAAACUCAGGUGAACACCAAAGGCAGCAGUGACUUCUGUGUCAAAAACAUCAAACAGGCUGAAUUUGGCAGACGGGAGAUUGAGAUUGCAGAACAGGACAUGUCAGCUCUGAUCUCACUGAGGAAGAGAGCACAAAGUGAGAAACCAUUGGCAGGUGCCAAGAUUGUGGGCUGCACUCACAUCACUGCCCAGACUGCAGUGCUGAUUGAGACUCUGGUGGCUCUCGGGGCUCAGUGCCGCUGGACUGCAUGUAACAUUUAUUCUACACAGAAUGAAGUGGCUGCUGCUCUGUCAGAGACUGGUGUGGCUGUGUUCGCCUGGAAAGGGGAAUCUGAGGACGAUUUCUGGUGGUGCAUUGACCGCUGCGUCAACAAUGAGGGUUGGCAGCCAAACAUGAUCCUUGAUGAUGGAGGAGACUUGACACACUGGAUGUACAAGAAAUACCCCAAUGUGUUCAAGAAGAUCAGAGGUAUUGUGGAGGAGAGUGUCACCGGGGUUCACAGGUUGUAUCAGCUUUCCAAAGCUGGAAAACUGUGUGUACCUGCUAUGAACGUGAAUGACUCUGUGACAAAGCAGAAGUUUGACAACCUGUACUGCUGCAGAGAGUCCAUCCUGGACGGCUUGAAGAGAACCACAGAUGUCAUGUUUGGAGGAAAACAGGUGGUCGUAUGUGGGUAUGGUGAGGUUGGAAAAGGAUGCUGUGCUGCUCUGAAAGCUCUGGGAGCCAUUGUCUAUGUUACAGAGAUUGAUCCCAUCUGUGCCCUGCAGGCGUGCAUGGAUGGAUUCAGGGUGGUCAAGCUGAAUGAGGUCAUUCGCCAAGUUGAUGUCAUCAUCACAUGUACAGGAAACAAGAAUGUGGUGACCAGAGACCAGCUGGACCGAAUGAAAAAUGGCUCCAUUGUCUGCAACAUGGGACACUCCAACACUGAGAUUGAUGUGGCCAGUCUUCGGACCCCUGAGCUAACCUGGGAGAGAGUGCGCUCUCAGGUGGAUCACGUCAUUUGGCCUGAUGGCAAGAGGGUGAUUCUUCUGGCUGAGGGGCGCCUCCUUAACCUCAGCUGCUCCACUGUUCCUACCUUUGUCUUGUCCAUUACAGCAACCACACAGGCUCUGGCCCUAAUCGAGUUGUACAACGCUCCAGAGGGACGAUACAAGCAGGAUGUUUACUUGCUUCCCAAGAAGAUGGACGAGUAUGUUGCUAGUCUGCAUUUGGCCACUUUUGAUGCCCACUUGACAGAGCUGUCUGAUGAGCAGGCCAAAUACCUGGGCCUGAAUAAGAAUGGUCCUUUCAAACCCAACUACUACAGGUAUUAGUCUGCGGGGUUUUCAUAUCUCAGUACACCUUAAUGUUGACGGUACCCAACACCACCUUAUCCCUGGGAUAAAAGGAAGACUUCUCUAUACUGUAUUUUAUACUUUUCACAGGAUGCACAGCCUAUAUUUACAUGUAUUUUAUCAGCCCCAGCAAGUUUCGCUUCACUUGCUGCUUGUUACAGGGACUACACACGGUACCCAGCUGACUGAAAUCUCAGUGUAACUACAGCACUUAUAUCUGCUGAUUAGUUGGAGUUAGGUUUUCUUUUAUCACACCUGUAGGCCCGUCUGACAGCUCUUAUUAAUAUGUAAUAAUAUAUAAAUAUAUGGUGCCAAAUUACUGUGACAAGGAAGGGUUAGUGUUGUGAAUAUUAAUGGUAAAUCUUGAUUUCAUAAAUGAUAUAUUGAAUUCCUCCAUCCUACAGAUGUAAAAGGUCACUGUGUUUUUUUUAGCCCCCAUUGGCUCCCAUUGGAAACCAUCUCAUCAAGUUAAGCCUUGAAAUAAAUAGUUGAUAGAAUAUUCCUCACUGGUGAGGAAAGUCGAGGUCCAAAUGUUUUGCUCUGGAGUCGGUGGACCAAACCAGGGCUAAAAGGCCUGGUGGUCAUUGGACUUCACUCCAUUUAGCUAGCUGUGUGUCUGCUUGAUGUUUAAGUAGGCAACUGUUCGCCUACAAAUGAGCCAUAGCAGUUUGAUAUUCUAAGUUAAUCCUGUGUUUGUGAGAGCUUUGUUUUGGAGUCUUUGAUGCAGCUUUAAUGUUUUCCUCUUGCUUCGAAGUGGCAGUGCUCACUAACUUCAAACAUUCCAUCCACAAAAUAUAGAAGAAAUAUCUUCUGUAAUGUCAUCCUCAUCACUGUUUACCUUCGCCAAUAAGGUAUGAAACUACCAUAUUUUAUUAUAGCAAAGUUAAGAAGGGAGCUUUUCAUUUAUUUCUUAUGAAAAUGUCCAUUAAUGAGGUUUGGUGUGUGGUUAGAGAAGUAGCUGCACCUCAGGGCACUCGGAUAUCUCAAAAUAUUUGUAAAUACAUUUUUUUACCAGAUUAGCAGUUCUUACCUUAAUAUUCAUUCUAAAGUUUAGUGUCAUUAUCAAGAAACUGCUAAUUACCAUAGAGCUAUAAAAUAUCUUUAAAGAAUUUUAGACACUAUGAUUCAAAUAUGCAUGUAAUCUGCAGCUCUGUGUCAUAAGUGUAAAGACAACAUGAGUCACAGACUAUGUGUUAAACAGUGUUACACAGAAUUUUAAUGCUGUGUGUAUCUCAACUCAGAUGAUGUUAGUGUGACAUUUGAUUUUACUGUUAGAUUUAUCACUUGACUUUGAUCUUGUGUUAAUGUGAAGAUUUUCUAUUAAAGAUUAUAACAGAAAAGUAUUUAAUCACAUGCACUCUGGGCCUAAACAUGACUUAUUUCAUCAGCACACUUACCCUGACACAUACUUUAUUUUUUAUCUCCCAUAUUAUCAUGCAGCAGCAUAAUAAUGGCUAUUCUAAUUACAUAGUAUAUUUUCUUGAUGAUUUUUACUGUUUAAAUGGCUUAAGCACUGUUUUGCAGGGUUUGUUAAAUGCACAAACAUAUUUUACUUCCCUAAAUUUAGCUGUACAAAUUCUUUAAAGUGAUAUAAUGUGCGGGUAGUAGUUGUGUCUUUCUACAUUUAAUGCUCUUUAACACAUUGCAUCUUUCAUUCUGUUAGUCCGAGUGGCUAAGAUUUCACCAAACAUUGUAGUUACUGUUCCCCAUUAUGUUACCUUAUUAGGGUGCUGAUACACCUCAUACACAACUGUUUAAUAGUAUAGUGGCCUACAGUGCUACUAUGAUGUGCUGUCAUCUUUGAGUGAGCAGAUUCAAAAGAAUAAAAGCCAAGGACAUUCGGCGAAGACAUUGUCAGCAAGAUGAGCACUGUAACCAUGGCAACUUGUCAUUUGACAGUGCCUUGACUCACUGAGUAAUUUAUAUUCACGUGUACAGCUGUGUUUUUCUGCAACUAUGUUAAUGCCCAUCAUGGAUGUUAUUCUGAACUAUACAAACAAGAUAACAGCUAUGCAGCAAAAUAUACUCAAUUUUCUCCUAUCAGCAGUGUUUCACUUAUGUAGUGAUAGAAGAUCAGUGUUCGCAUUACUAAAGAUAUGCAUUAAAAUAUCAGUUUCAGAUGUAAGUCAGAAACAUUUGACUUAACAUUAUUUAGAUUUAUAUGUUCAACCAUGUAUUACAUCCAGUAACAAUCACAAAUGACUCUUGUGGUCUUUUAUAAAUAGCACUUGCCUUGCCUUUUACGAUGAAAUCCUUUUAACUAAUUAAAGCCCUUUCAGUCUGGUUUUAACUCUGUUAUAGAGACAGAUGAAUGUGUUAUAAUUAAAGCAAACUGCUUGUAUCUGGUGUAACUGAAAUAGAUAAGUAUACCACUGUGAUAUUCUGUUGCUCAGUAUAACUGUUUUUUGAUGUGGAAAUGAAGUUCUGUAAAUGAUAUAUUACCUUAUAAAGCUGGCAUAUAUUUUCAACACUGUAUCAGUACUUUAGUUAGAAGAACACAAUUUCAGCAGGAUGACCCCUUUUGAAUUUAUGUUCCCUUUAAUAAACUGCU